AGCUUUUUCUUACUGCUAAACUCAGGAAAAACUGAAGUGAUUGUUAUCGGCCCCAAACACCUCAGAGAGACUUUUUCUAAUAAUAUAAGUACCUUAGACGGCAUUAGUCUGGCAUCCAGCACCUCGGCUAGGAAUCUAGGAGUCCUAUUUGAUCAAGAUUUAUCCUUCAAUUCCCAAAUUCAGCAAAUCUCAAGGUCAGCCUAUUUUCACUUGCGCAAUAUUUCUAAAAUUAGACACUUCCUAUCUCAGAGCGACGCAGAAAAACUAGUCCAUGCAUUUGUUACCUCCAGGUUAGAUUACUGUAACUCCCUCUUAUCAGGCUGCCCCAAUAAGUCUCUAAAGAUUCUUCAGCUAGUUCAAAACGCCGCAGCUCGAGUAUUGACUAGAACUAGGAAGAGGGAGCACAUUUCUCCAGUGUUAGCUUCUCUACACUGGCUCCCAAUAAAAUGUAGAAUAGAAUUUAAAAUCCUUCUUUUAACCUACAAAGCCCUUAAAAAUCAGACACCCUCGUAUCUUAAAGAGCUCAUAGUGCCCUAUAACCCCUCUAGAACUCUACGCUCCCAACAUGCAGGCUUGCUAGUUGUACCUAAAAUCUCUAAAAGUAGUGUGGGAGGUAGAACCUUCAGUUAUCAGGCCCCUCUCCUUUGGAAUCAUCUACCAGUCAGGGUCCGGGAGGCAGACACCCUCUCCACUUUUAAGAGUAGACUUAAAACUUUCCUUUUUGACAAAGCUUAUAGUUAG